AUGCCGUUCGGGUUAACCAACGCGCCAGCAGUGUUCAUGGAUCUAAUGAAUCGUGUAUUCAAGCCUCAUCUCGACGACUUCGUGAUCGUGUUCAUAGACCACAUCCUUGUGUAUUCUCGGGAUGAAGAAGAACAUGUGGGUCAUCUUCGGACAGUACUGCAGAUUUUGAGGGAAAAACAGUUGUAUGCCAAGCUUUCGAAAUGUGAGUUUUGGAAAGAUAGCGUAGCAUUCUUGGGCCAUGUAAUAGACAGUAGAGGUAUAUCGGUGGAUCCAGAUAAGAUUCGGGCGGUGAAAGAGUGGACCGUGCCGACAACCGUGGCGGAAGUAAGAAGCUUCUUUGGUUUAGCGGUUUAUUAUCGAAGGUUUGUGUUGGAUUUCGCUAAGGUGGCUCAACCAUUGACUAAGUUAUUAUGGAAGGAAGUGUCUUUCAUUUGGGAUCAAGCUUGUGAGUUAGCAUUCUGGGAAUUGAAAGAGAGGCUUACGACUACACCAGUUUUAAUCUUACCAUCAGGGACGGAAGGGUUUGAAGUGUAA